UUGGCGAGACGUUCAGCAGUAAGUGUCCAGUGCGGUGUUUGUGUGGAGUGAGGAGUGAAAAUGGGGGCGUUUUAUUGUGAGAUAUGUCGCCAAACGGAUUUCUCAGGAAAAGGACACAUCCAUGGGAAAAGUCACCAGAGCAAACUUAAAGUAGUUCUGGUUAAAUUCCUGGAGAAGGUGAAGGAAGCACGACGGACCAUUAAACAUCCUCAGGUGGAGAAGUACGAUGCUACUGAGCAUGAUAAGAAAUUCUGGUGUUACUGUUGUGGAGUGGAGGUUCAGAAACACGUCACUGAUGGCAGAGUCACGGUGCUGCAUGGAGCACUGCUGGAGCACAUGAGCACCCGUGAACACCGCACCAACACGCACGCUUUCUGGUGGAGGAAUAAAGCAGAUCCCAAACUGAAAGAAAAAUUCAUCAUCACAGAGGAAGAGGCCGAAAGAUUGAAGACGGAAGUCGCCAAAGCUCUUGACCAGUAUGAAGAGAAGGAGGACACACUGAUAAAAGAGCAAGCUGCCAUUAUCAGAUCUCAGGAGCGUCACAGGCUUGAGGUCCUGCAGUCUCUAAUAGAGCCUGAUCCAGAGUUGCAGCAGUCUGCUGAACAGGGCCAGCAGAACACCGAGCAGACAGCCUGCAUGAAUUCAGACAUGGUAGAAAGCUUUCACAUUCACUCGUAUGGACAUGGUGAGCAUGCAGGUCCCAGUCACGAGGACCCCUUUAUGGCAGAAAUGGGACAUGGCCUCACUUUCAUUGGCUAUCAGGACUCCGGCAGUGGGAAUGUUCACACAGGAGCUGUGCCUCCAUGGCUGCUGGAGGACCCCAAGGAUGAGUCAGCAGGGAGCUCAAAACAGGAGAUUGGCCCUUCUGUACAGGAGUUCCUUAAACACAAACAGCAGGAGAAGCUUAAAAAACUCCCACCCAACCGUGUGGGGGCCAACUUCGACCACAGCUCUCACACAGGUGCCAACUGGCUGCCGUCUUUUGGACGAGUGUGGAACAGCGGCAGGCGCUGGCAGUCCAGGCAUCAGUUCAGACAAGAGGAGGCUAAAAGUGGACAGAAGAGAAAGAGGGACUAUGGAGGGAAGGCAACAAAGAAGCAGAAACACCUAAGUAAUGGAGACUUAUGAACAACAUGUGGUCUGGAUUUCUGGGUACAUUUGGAUUCCAGGUGUUUUUUUCCCCAGCAAAUUGAACACAGAGGCCCACCUGCCAUUAACAUGCGGAUGCGUUGUCCAUUCUUAAGUGGACAGCAGCAUAAUGUGUGAAAACAGGUGUGAAAGGGUUCCAUUGCAACUUGGAGGUCGGAUCACUCAAACAACCUCUGAAGGUGGUCUGUUGUAUAGCCACACAACAUUUGUAAUACGAACGCUGAUGAGUCCUUGAGAGCAGGACCACCUAAACAACGACAUCACAGCAGUUAUGAAAUUAGAUCGAAAGCGGUCACUGGACUUGCAGUCGAGACCCAUGGAAGUGCCAGGUAUAAACAACAGGUCUCAUCAGGUCACAUGAGACAGCUGUUAAUACCAGGUAUGAACAGGGCUACAGACAUUAGGGUGUGAAACUGUACCAGAUCCAGGCAUUUUUGCAGAGGCCAAAGCUGGAAUCAGGAAUAUCAACAAGGCAUCUGUAUUGUAUAUUGCCUGUUUUUAAAGUCAAGUGGUUGACAGCAAGCAAAUACACACAAAGUCUGACCUGGUUGCUGUCAGACUAAUAUAGUUUGUAAACAUUUCUCACGUUGAGAAUUAUCUUUAGUUUCAAAUGUACAUUAGUUUGUGAUGUGAAUGAAUGCAGGAGUACUGUUAGUUAUUUUUUUAGAUCUCUUAACUGAUCCCCUCCCAAACCUGAAAGCGUGCAGAAAGUAGUGACUGGGAUGAGAAGUCAGAUUCACUGUUUGCGUUUCCAGUUUAUUGAAUAAAUUUGCAACAUAUGAA